GUACGUGCUUUAUCUUCGGGACUGAGUGUGACGUGAUAUUGCAGCCUGCUCCUGGAGCUCUGCAAGCACCAAGCAAAGCGCGUCUGUUUCUCUGUGUGUUCUAACUCACUGGCCCCCCAACAUCCACCCACUACGGAUCUUUUUUUUCCUUUUUUUUUAUUUUUGGCUAAAAAAAUCUCACCCUCUCUCUCUCUCUCUCUUUUUUUGUUCACCCAAGAAGAAGAGGAAGAGGAGGAGAAGGAAGGGAGUGUUUUUGCGCGACUUACUGGAGAAAACAUAUCAGUGGAAAAAAAAAAAACGAAAGAGAGAAAAUUGAGACGUGGAGUCGUGGAAGCCGAAUUAAUUUAUGGUAAUACUGUAAGAAUUGCUCUCCUCUGCUCAUCACUCCAAGAAUUUCCCUUUUUUUUCUCCCCCCCUUCUCUCUCUCUUGUCUCUCUUCGGUCUUUCUGGUCUUUCUUCUUCCCCCCUUUUCUCUCUCCUCUCUCUCUCCCUCUCUCUCACCCUCUCUCCCUCUUUUCUCGGUGGCUGUCGUGGUGGUGGUGGUGGUGUUGUUGCGCUCCGUUUUGAUGGGAAAAACCCAGAAGAAGGAGAAGACGCGGGGAUAUGAGCGGGCAGAGCGGAGUGUAACGCAUUUUAUUUUCAUCCAUUGAACCAUCUUGUUGCGCCGGACUUCUAUUGUCAGGAAUGGGGAGUAUUGAUUCACUGGAGGGCUGCAGAAUUUAUUUAUAAAGGAUGUGGUCAAGUAUGUUGGAAAAAUAGCCAUAGCUUCCGCAGUGUAAGGCCAAAUGACAUAGGAUGAAGGCUGUUCGAAACCUGUUGAUUUAUAUAUUUUCCACCUAUCUUCUGGUUAUGUUUGGAUUAACUGGUGCCCAAGAUUACUGGUGUUCCACUCUGGUCAAAGGGGUCAUUUAUGGAUCAUAUUCGGUGACUGAAAUGUUUCCCAAGAACUAUACAAACUGUACAUGGACGCUGGAGAACCCAGACCCAACCAAAUACAGCAUCUACCUGAAGCUAUACAAGCGAGACUUGAGCUGCUCUGAGUAUUCUUUGCUUGCUUAUCAGUUUGAUCAUUACUCACACGAGAAGAUCAAUGAGUUGCUGAAAGUCAACGAGUCUAUAGUGUAUCUGUGCGAUUCAAAGAAUAUUUACGUAUUUUUGCUGUAUGACAAGAAUUUCGUUCAACUCCGGAGAGUUUUCCCUUAUGAUUACAAUGGAUUGACGCCGCAGAAGCUGGAUGAGGAGGAGAAGUCCAUUGUGGAGUUUUUGGUCUUGAAUAAGGCGAGCCCUAGCCAGUUUGGGUGUCAAGUGCUUUGUACAUGGCUGGAAAACUGCCUGAAAUUAGAGAAAGGGACAGUGGAGACAUGUGGGAUCGUGUACACGAAAUGCACAUGUCCUCAGCAUUUAGGCGAUGGAGAAUCAGAGAGCAUGCUCAUGCUCAACAACGUGGUUUUACCUUUAAAUCCACAAACGGAGGGUUGCUUGUCGCCCCAACUACAAGCUGGGCAGGUCUGCAAUCUGAGUGCGGAAGUGAAGCGGCCUCCUAAAGAAGAAUAUGGAAUGAUCGGAGAGCAUACAGUAAAAAGUCAGCGGCCAAGAUCAGUUCAUGACACAAAGGCCCUGCAGGAGCAAGCUGAAUCUGCUAAAUUUAUGGCACAAACUGGUGAAUCAGGUGCAGAGGAGUGGUCCCAGUGGAGCUCAUGCUCUGUAACAUGCGGUCAAGGGUCGCAGGUGCGAACAAGAACAUGUGUCUCACCAUACGGAACACACUGCAGCGGCCCUUUAAGAGAAUCAAGGGUUUGCAAUAACACUGCCCCUUGUCCAGUACACGGUGUAUGGGAGGAGUGGUCACCGUGGAGCCUGUGCUCAUUCACAUGUGGCCGAGGUCACCGCACUAGGACUAGGAUGUGUGCUCCUCCCCAGCAUGGAGGCAGGGCCUGUGAUGGACCUGAGACCCAGACUAAGCUUUGCAACAUAGCCCUAUGCCCAGUGGACGGACAGUGGCAGGAGUGGAGCUCUUGGAGCGAUUGCUCAGUGACCUGUGCCAAUGGCACUCAGCAGAGGACCAGGCAGUGCUCAGCAGCCGCCCAUGGGGGAUCUGAGUGUCGCGGUCACUGGGCAGAAAGCAGAGAGUGCCAUAAUCCUGACUGCACAGCUAAUGGCCAGUGGAAUCCUUGGGGUCCGUGGAGCGGCUGCUCUAAGUCCUGUGAUGGCGGAUGGCAGAGACGAGCCCGGGUGUGUCAGGGAGCAGCGCAGACUGGGCAGCAGUGCGAAGGAAACGGAGAAGAAGUUCGAAAGUGCAGCGACCAACGCUGUCCAGCACCAUAUGAGAUUUGUCCCGAGGACUAUGCAGUGUCAAUGGUGUGGAGACGGACCCCUUCAGGAGAACUCGCCUUUAAUAGAUGCCCGCCUAAUGCCACAGGCACCACUAGUCGACGCUGCUCUUUGGAUCACCGUGGUGUGGCCUUCUGGGAGCAGCCUAGCUAUGCUCGAUGCAUAACAAAUGAAUUCAGAUACUUGCAGCAAUCAGUUCAGGGGCACCUUGCAAAGGGCCAGAGGAUGCUGGCAGGGGAUGGGAUGUCCCAAGUCACGAAAAAUCUUCUAGAUCUCACCCAGAGGAGGAACUUCUACGCUGGUGAUCUGUUGUCUUCAGUGGAGAUCCUUCGCAACGUGACGGAGACCUUCAAGAGGGCCAGCUAUGAGCCGUCAUCAGAUGAUGUGCAAAACUUCUUUCAGAUCAUCAGCAACCUCUUGGAGGAGGAAAAUAAGGAGAAAUGGGAAGACGCACAAAAGAUCUACCCCGGAGCAGUGGAGCUCAUGCAGGUCAUAGAGGAAUUCAUCCACAUUGUUGGACUGGGCAUGAAGGAUUUCCACAAUGCCUAUCUGAUGACGGGGAACUUGGUUGCCAGCAUCCAGAGACUUCCAGCAGUAUCCGUGAUGACUGACAUCAACUUCCCCAUGAAAGGUCGUAAAGGCAUGGUUGACUGGGCCAGGAACUCUGAAGAUAAAGUGGUCAUCCCAAAGGGCCUCUUUGUUUCCCAGUCAGCAGAUAUGGAAGGAUCACCUGUCUUCAUUUUGGGAACUGUUCUCUACAAGACUCUUGGACUCAUGCUACCUUCACCAAAACCCCAGUCAACAAGUCCCUGGCACCAGUGUCCCAAGGACGGAACGGUCAUUCCAGGACCAGCCAGGCCAGCUGUCACAGGAACCACACAAGUUGUGAACUCCAAGGUCAUCGCUGUGACUGUGAGACCCGAGCCCAAGGCAACCGAGUCCCACCUGGAGAUUAACUGGCUGCACCUGACAAACGGAACAAUGAACCCCUACUGUGCACUGUGGGACAGCGCUAUGAUGAACGAUUCUUGGGGAGCCUGGUCCACAAAAGGAUGUAAAACGGUGCUUACAGAUGCAUCCCAUACGAAAUGCUUAUGUGAUCGUGUAUCUACCUUCGCCAUUUUGGCUCAGCAACCAAGAGAAAUAACCAUGGAGUACUCAGGGGUCCCAUCUGUGACAUUGAUAGUUGGCUGUGGUUUGUCCUGCUUCGCCUUGAUCUCAUUGUCAGUGAUCUACGCUGUGCUGUGGAGAUAUAUUCGCUCUGAACGAUCCAUCAUCCUGCUCAACUUCUGCUUAUCUAUAAUCUGCUCCAACAUACUGAUCCUUGUCGGACAAACGCAGACCCACAAUGUAGGCGUCUGCAUCAUGACAACAGCCUUUCUGCACUUCUUCUUCCUGGCAUCCUUCUGCUGGGUCCUCACAGAGGCCUGGCAGUCCUACAUGGCGGUGACGGGAAAGGUUCGGACUAGGCUCAUCCGCAAGCGCUUCCUGUGCCUGGGCUGGGGAUUACCAGCUUUAGUUGUUGCUGUUUCAAUGGGAUUCACCAAAACAAAGGGCUAUGGGACACCCUCAUACUGUUGGCUCUCUUUGGAGGGUGGGCUCCUGUAUGCCUUUGUUGGACCUGCAGCUGCUGUUGUUCUGGUCAACAUGGUGAUCGGUAUCUUGGUGUUUAACAAACUAGUGUCCAGAGAUGGCAUCCUGGACAAGAAGCUGAAGCAUCGAGCAGGACAGAUGAGUGAGCCGCAUACAGGAUUAACUCUCAAGUGUGCCAAAUGUGGUGUUGUAUCAACAACUGCUUUAUCAGCAACUACAGCUAGCAAUGCAAUGGCGUCCCUGUGGAGUUCCUGUGUCGUCCUACCUCUGCUGGCUUUGACCUGGAUGUCUGCAGUGCUCGCCAUGACAGACAAGCGCUCCAUCCUCUUUCAGAUCCUCUUUGCUGUCUUUGACUCACUGCAGGGUUUUGUCAUUGUGAUGGUGCACUGUGUCCUACGGAGAGAGGUCCAAGAUGCAUUCAGAUGUCGGCUCAGAAACUGCCAAGAUCCAAUCAGUGGUGAUGCAACAGGAACCUUCCCUAAUGGGCAUGCUCAGAUAAUGACUGACUUUGAGAAAGAUGUGGACAUCGCCUGCCGAUCAGCACUCCACAAAGACAUGGGCUCUUGUCGGGCCGCCACCAUAACAGGCACCCUCUCCCGCAUUUCCCUCAAUGAUGAGGAGGAUGAGAAGGCCCCCGAGGGCCUCAACUACUCCACGUUGCCAGGCAACAUCAUCUCCAAAGUGAUUAUCCAGCAGCCUUCAGCUUUGCACAUGCCGAUGGGAGUGGGUGAGCUGAAAGAGCAGUGCAUGGCCGACAGCGCCGCCGACAUGCGCCGCACUGUUUACCUGUGCACCGACGACGCCUUGCGCCAGAGCGACCAAGACAUGGGCGGCCAUGACAUGGAGGGCCAUUCGGCGCAGGGCCAGAUGAUGGAGACAGACUACAUAGUCAUGCCUCGUGCCUCUGCAACACUGUCAGGGUCGGGUAACGUGCCCACCCUCCUGAAAGAGGACACCAAGAUGAACAUCACUAUGGAUACGCUGCCACACGAGAGGCUAAUGCAUUACAAGAUGAGCCCUGACUUCAAUAUCAGCCCGUCAGGCAUGGACCACAUGAAUGUGAACCUGGAGCAGCAGUAUCCUAGCGCUCCAGAGCAGAUGCAAAACCUGCCCUUUGAACCUCGUACGGCUGUUAAGAACUUCCUCGCUGAGAUGGAGGAAAGCGCGGGGCUUUCUAGGAGUGAGACAGGGUCUACAAUAUCUAUGAGCUCUCUAGAGAGAAGGAAGUCACGGUAUUCGGAUCUGGACUUUGAGAAAGUCAUGCACACCAGGAAAAGACACAUGGAGCUGUUCCAGGAACUGAAUCAGAAAUUUCAAACCCUGGACCGAUUUCGAGACAUACCAAAUAUGGGCAGCAUGGACAAGGCAAUGCCAAACAAGAACCCAUGGGAGAGCUACAAUCCAGCCUGUGAGUACCAGAACUACGCCACUAUGAAUGUACUAGAAUCUGACACCAAGGACUCACUGGAGAUGACGCCUGCAGAGUGGGAAAAGUGUGUCAACUUACCCUUAGAUGUCCAGGAGGGAGACUUCCAAACGGAGGUCUAGAGGGUGACGGAAGGAGAAAAUGCAAACUAGAAAAAGGAGGAGAAAGGGAUGUAUUUUGCACUGAAUAAAGCAACAGACUUUUCUAACAGCCUUGGCAUACAUAUCUGGAUAAUACGAGUGUGGCAGGGACAUUAUGUGCCAAUACAAUAUAAGGACUGGUGAGAGAGAAAAAAGAAAAAAAAAGGGAUAAAAACAUCAGUGUUACUUUUUGUAUUCUCACUAGUGUACUUAGUGUGGGGCAGCCUGGUGUACAAUAUUUACCAUCAUGUGUUUCAAAUUAUCUGUUGAGGAAUUGGCUAAAAAAGGUAAUCUCUCUAGAUGAAACCUCACAAAGCAAAUGACAUGCCAUGUCGUCCCAGCUUCAUCGGGUCUAGUUUUGAUUUCAUAAAACUGGACCCGGGAGCACAAUGUAUAUAUUUAUGCAGGUUUUUAAAAAGUUUAUAACAGUCUGUUUGGCCAUUACUACACUUUUUACUUUAUAAUAUAAAACAUGGGAGGCAAAGAGGAUUUUUCUGUCAUAUUAAAAUGAAUGUUUGUCAAGCUACAUUCUUCAUUGCUUUAAAUGCAAUAAAGAUAAUACUCACUUUUAUAUAAAUAAUAUAUUUCACAACUUUAAUACUGCAGAAUCUGCUUGAAGGAUCCCAGCAAGCUCUCUCAUCUGCAGCUCUGUAUAAAAUAUUUAAAAACAAAAUGUUGUAUGGUGUAAAUAAACUUUUGUCUACAUAUGUUUUACUUGUGCCAAUUUAUUUUAAUGAGAAAAAAUGCCAACCUGAUCAAAAGUUAUAGCGAAAAAUGUUAACAUUUGAAAAAGGAAUGUAAAUAAAAGAGGAAAUAUGUUCGUACUGCUUCA